AUGGGGGAGCAGGACAGAGAAGAAGGAGGCUCAAUACCCUCAUGGCAACAAGCAGCCUCCUCCACACCCAGCGACUCAGAUGCCACCACACUGGAGCAGGCCAGAAUAUUCCUGCAGGAUGAAUCAGUCAGGGAAUCCACCAGGGAAAAGAAGGUGGAAUUCCUCAAGUCCAAGGGCUUAGGCGAGGCUGAUAUCAACACCUUGCUGGAAGAGACCGAUGCUGUCGGUGCAACAACAACGACAACCACACACCACGCGACCAAGCUUGAACCUCGAACAGAACCAGCUCAGGAUAGCACCAGGGCUGUCUCAGCCCCAGAAUUCAGGGCAGACCAGCCUCCAAUCAUCACCUAUCCGGAGUUCCUCACCAAGCCCGCCAAACCUCCUCCACUGAUCACCGCCUCCGGUCUAGUCAACUCCCUUGGCAUAGUCGCCGGCCUCUCAACCUUCGUCUACGGCGCCACAAAGUACCUUGUCAGCCCCAUGGUCGACACGCUCACCGAAGCACGAGUGGAUUUCCACGAGAACGCCAACAAGAACCUGUCGCAGCUCGUCGAGAAGCUAGAGCACGCCGUGUCCGAGAUACCCGAGUCGUACCACACCGCAGGCAAGAAGGCGGCCCUCACAAGCACACACGCCGCCGCUCCGUACACAGACGCCGGCGACGACGACGCCAGCAGCUACGACGACCCGACCGAGCUCUUCCACCGGGACGUCGGCGUGCAGACCUCGCCGCCCUCGACGCCGGGCCUGGCAGGCGGCCUGUCGUACCCCGCGGCGGACAGCACCGGCGCCGGGGCCAAGCACAGCUCCAUCGUCACGGCGCAGCAGCAGGCCGACAAGAUGGGCCGGCUGAUCAGCUCGAUCCGCGACCUCAGCACCGACCUGGCCUCGCAGGCCGACGGCUUCGGCGAGACCAAGAACGUGCUGGACGACUUCGGCCGCGACCUGCACACCCUGACGUACCCGCCCGAGUCCUUUGGCGUGAGCAGCAGCUACCUGUACGGCGCGGCGCGGAACGAGCCCGACGACGAGAUCAAGAAGGUCAAGAACAACAUCAGGAGCGUCAAGGGCGUGCUGCUGAGCACGAGGAGCUUCGCGGCCCCGACGAGGUGA